GAUCAUUCGCAAUCAGCCGUUGCACGCGUUCGGUACACAGCCAUUCCCAAGCAUAUAACAGUAUAACAACAGUAUUACAGUGCCAGCCAGCCAACGACAGUCGAACAGUCGAACAGUCGAACAGUGAGGUAGUCUAUGCGAAUCUACGUGUGGAUUGCAGACGAGACAAAGACAAACAAUUGCAAUUUGUGCAUUCGCGUCGGUUAACCCCAGGUGGAAAGUGCGAAAAGACAAACAAUACCCAAAAACCCAAGGCAAUCAACUCACGUGUGUUGAGCGUAUAUGUGUCUCUGUGUGUGUGUGUGUGUGUGUGCGUGUGCGUGCGUAGGUUUAACUGGAAAACUUUUAUGUGCUAAAUUUGAGCUUUGAUUGAGUGUGACUCGAAAGUUGGUCCAGUUGCACCGUCAAAGUGCACACCUGCCCAAAAUACCUGAACUCUUCUCACUCUCGACCCACUCACGCACGCACUUCACUAAACUUUUGACGCUUUGAGCCGCCUUUUAGACGCUGACGAAAGUUUACCUUUUGUUGCCUGCGCCUCGCUUGCUCGGAGAGUUCAGAGUUCACAGUUCACAGUUUUCCACAAGACAAGCCAAAGGAUUUCUUUCCGUUCCACGCUUGAAGAAUUACUGCCAAAAUUUUCACAGACGGUAAUAAGCUCGGUCCUGCAGCUGCGGGCAGAGGAAUGUUUUGCUAUCAGUGCCCGCCCGCUUUGCAUCCGUGCGGUCCGCAUCCGCCGCGCCUGCCCACACUCGACUAUCCAUUUGCUGCCACCCAUCCAUAUACCAGCUACUCGUAUCAUCCUGCCAUACACGAUGAGACGUUUGUGAGGCGCAAGCAGCGACGAAAUCGCACUACCUUCACACUGCAACAGCUGGAGGAGCUGGAAACGGCAUUUGCCCAGACCCAUUAUCCGGAUGUGUUUACACGCGAGGAUCUGGCGAUGAAAAUUAAUUUAACAGAGGCGCGAGUGCAGGUCUGGUUCCAGAAUCGACGCGCCAAAUGGCGCAAAGCGGAACGACUCAAGGAUGAGCAGCGCAAGAGGGAAAAUGGCGAGAGCAGCAGCUCAUUGGAGAAGCUCCAUGACUCGCGUGAGUCUUCGCCCGAUAUCACCGGCGAGAUCGAUGAUGAUAUGGAUGAUCUGCCGCCGCGGCAGCGCUCCCAUAGUCCUCUCACUAACGGACCCAUGGAGCAGCAGCACUCGCGCAGUCCCACGGGUGGCCAUCAUCUCGACUCCAGCGACAACGAGCGACCGCUGUCCUCGGCCCAGCUGACCGCCACGCCGCACUCCGCCUCGCAGUCGCUGGGCUCGAUCAGCGCCGGCUCGCCGUCGCCCGGCAUGCGCGAGCACACGCCCCUCGCCGCCGGCCUGGGCCCCAACAGCCCCUCCAACUCACGCAACACGGACUCGCCCAUCGAGGUGGGCGGCCCCAUGUCGCUCACCACGGGUUCACGCAUGGCCGCCUCGUCCAACAACUCGGCCUCGUCCACACCAACGCCAACCACGCCCCACGCGGCCCAGCUGCCCCAUUCGGCGGCCGCCGCCGCAGCCUUUGGCAGUCACAUCUUUGGCAGCUUUGGCGCUGGCAGCGUUGCCAACGAUACUAGCUGCGGCUUUCGUCCAGUGCUCAGCGAGCAGAGCGCUGUGGCCGCAGCAGCAGCCGCCGCGGCAGCGGCUCAGCGGAACGCGAAUCAUCCACCGUUAUUCCUGCCGCCGCAUCUGGCGGCUCAGUUUUCGCAUCAGCCGCUCUUUCCGGGACUCAAAGGUGUUUCGCCGUUCCAGAGUCUCUGCUCGUGCUGCUCGCUGAAGCCGCCGCCUAUGCCGCCGUCAUCCACGGCUUCGUCUUCGGUGAUGGCGCCUCUCAGCGUCCCUGUGAGCAGCAGCUCGGCGGCCAGCUCGCCAGAGUCGCCCAAGUCCAGUGGGGGUAGCUCGCACGAUCCACGCUCCAAUUCGGUGGCGGAGCUGCGACGCAAGGCGCAGGAGCAUUCAGCUGCGCUGCUGCAGUCGCUGCAUGCCGCAGCUGCUGCGGGCUUGGCCUUUCCGGGUCUCCACUUGCCGCCGCUCUCGUUCGCCCAUCAUCCGGCGCUGGGGCACGCCGUCAACCACAACAAUAACAACAACAACAACAACAAUGCGCUGCGCAUGAAACACGAGGCACAGGACAUGACGGCCAGCACCAUGAAUGGUUUGGGUCCGGGCGGUGGUGCAGGCGCCACUAGCUCCACAUCGGCUGCUCUGCUUGAUCUAGCCGAAUCGGCAGCGGCCUAUCAUCAUCAUCAACAGCAACAACWGCAGCAGCAGCAGCAGCAGCAGCAGCAACAGCAACAGCAUCAGCAACAGCAGCAGCAACAACAGCAACAGCAGCAACAUCAUGCCACUUUGUCGCCCCCAACCACGCCCACGCAGCUACAGUCCCAGCAGCUGCCACCCACAGCCACUGGAGUGCGUCCCGAGUCGCCGGCAGCCACAGCAGCUGCCAUCAAUGGCAACGCGCUGCCAAGCAAAACCGAAUAAGCAGCAUUAUAAUAAUAAUUAUUAAUUUUUAGAUUAUAAAAACUAUAUAAAUACAUACAUAUAAAUCUAUACCAUGUGGCGGACCUAGCAUUUAAGCAUUAGUUUUAGGCUUCAAGAGGGCAACACACACACACAAUAAAAACUCACAUUCGAAAUACUUUUAGAUUACUUAGCUAGACUUUUAGAGAUUUGCAGGUAGCAAAGCAGCUGAAAAUCU